GAGUCGAGGCCUCACCGGAGCUAGCCGUCGCAGGGCACGUGAGGUGUCGUUCGCGAGGCGUGGCGUGGCGUGGCGUGGCGUGGCGUGGCGUGGCGUCGCCGAGUGGUGUGCCCGCAGACAGUUAGGCCGAGGCCGAGGAAUACCGGAGGCAGUACCCGCGUCGCCGAGCACGCCGUGUCGGUGUGGGACUGUGGGGUGCUGUGGGGUGUGGUGGGCCUGCCCGAGUGAGCCCCGCUGGACCGACCAGGACUACCCGUUGGGGUGCAUGCGGUCGGCUCGUGGGGCGGGGCCCCUACUCUCGUCGGGCUGAAGCAGGGCGCAAGGCUCCCCGCGGAAGGCCCCGAGCCCCCGCAGCCCCCGCAGGGGACACGGCUCAGAGGCCCUCGCCUGGCCCUAGUUUUUCCCUUAUGUCCGGUUGAGACCCGGGACGGGGUCCCCCACCAGCUUCCGUCACGUUCGUGAAGCAAGGAAUCAAGAAGAUGGGGUGUGCUAUGUCGGCGGAGGAGCGCGCCGCGCUGGCGCGCAGCAAGCAGAUCGAGAAGAACCUCAAGGAGGAUGGGAUACAGGCGGCCAAGGAUAUCAAACUAUUACUUCUAGGUGCCGGAGAAUCGGGGAAAAGUACUAUAGUGAAACAAAUGAAGAUUAUCCACGAAAGUGGGUUUACAUCAGAGGACUUCAAGCAGUAUCGGCCAGUGGUGUACAGCAACACAAUACAGUCCUUGGUCGCCAUUCUAAGGGCCAUGCCCAACCUAGGUAUCGCUUUCGCUAACAACGAAAGAGAGACGGACGCCAAGAUGGUGUUCGACGUCAUCCAGCGAAUGGAGGACACAGAGGCCUUUAGUGAGGAACUCCUAGCAGCAAUGAAGCGUCUGUGGAGUGAUAGUGGGAUGCAGCAGUGCUUCCAGCGGUCGAACGAAUACCAGCUCAACGACUCGGCCAAGUAUUUCCUGGAUGACUUGGAUCGGCUGGGAGCCAAAGACUAUCAGCCUACAGAACAAGACAUUCUCCGUACGAGAGUCAAGACCACCGGCAUAGUAGAAGUUCACUUCUCCUUUAAAAACUUAAAUUUCAAAUUGUUCGACGUCGGAGGGCAGCGGUCCGAGCGGAAGAAAUGGAUCCACUGCUUCGAGGACGUCACGGCCAUCAUCUUCUGCGUGGCGAUGUCAGAGUACGACCAAGUCCUACACGAAGACGAGACCACGAAUCGAAUGCAGGAGAGUUUGAAACUCUUCGAUAGUAUCUGCAACAACAAAUGGUUCACCGACACUUCCAUCAUUCUCUUCCUCAACAAGAAAGAUUUGUUCGAGGACAAGAUUAAGAAGUCACCCCUGACCAUAUGCUUCCAGGAGUACGGAGGUGCCCAGGAGUACGGCGAGGCGGCGGCCUACAUCCAGGCGCAGUUCGAGGCCAAGAACAAGUCGACGACGAAGGAGAUCUACUGCCACAUGACCUGCGCGACGGACACCAACAACAUCCAGUUCGUGUUCGACGCGGUGACAGACGUCAUCAUAGCCAACAACUUGCGGGGCUGUGGCCUCUACUGAGGGGUGGGGCGCUCACUGUAUUUUGUAAGCAAAGACUCUCGGACCAUCUGGGCAGUGCAAGCCGUGCGAGCGCAGCGUGCGCAGUGUGCCCGUCCGUCGGGUCGCCGCGCGGUCUCGCGCAGUUUCUCCUGGCUUCUCCUACUAGAUCACUCCUUUUUGUUUCCUCUGAAGCCAGACACUUGGCGGUCUGGGUGGUGUACAUACGUGUCUUUUUUAGUGUCGACCUCCCUGCUUUGGACACCUUUUCUUUCGUUUGACUAUGCAAUAAAACGUUACGGACCAAUCGGCCGGCCGGCUGGCCGCGGCCAGGUACUCCGUUGGCCCUGCCAGUCGUUUGCAAACAUUUGAUAAUUCUAGUUUCUCUCUUAAAGAAAAGUUGGCGUGGCGCCUAUCAGGCGGCUAUAUCUCUUGAUAUGUAUUUAUUAAAAGAAACAAAUUGUAAAUUUCAUAGAAAGCAAAAGCCAUUAUUCUAACUAUAAAGUACUACAAUUAAUUAAUAAUUGUGAAAGAUUCGAAAACUGCCACUGUUCUUUCCGUGUCAAAUCUAGUGUUCCGCGACUCGGGCCCCGAAAAUGGCCUCUCUCUCUCUCUUUUCUAGUCCAAUUCAAGACGAGCAUAGAGGAACACUAGUGUUGUACAGUUUUGUUCGGUUGGUAGUACCACAAGGAGUGAAGUGCCAAUGCGUGUUCAGUUAGAGCCGUCAGCGCGUUCAGAGACGGUCCAGAGACGUGGGUGCUUCUACGCCCCCAUCGUCUCUCCCUGGCUUAGCCUCUUUGUCGCCACGGCGUUUUUUUAAAUUAUUUUUUUUAAUUUAUUAAGUCACUAUGUUGGUAGCUCGUCCUCACAGUCACUGAGUUAUCACUUCCUCGCCCCCCUCCUUUUGUAACUAGCAUCUUCUCCACACCAUUGCCAUGAUUUGCCAUAAUUUCACGCCAAGAUUUGUGUCACUGUAAGUGCUGGAUCGCGGCGUGCUCGGAUCUGAUUCGAGCCGGGUCGCCGAUGUCGACUGCAGGCCGGGAACCGGGAAAGUUACGUGCAGACAUUAAUACGUACAAUUGUCAAAGGUUUUGUCCAAUCAUUGUACAUAGUAGUAAGUUAUAUUUUGUUGCUAUUGUAACGCAUAGAAAAUAUUUUAAAAAGUCAUCAUUUUUCAUGUUUCUUUUGCGGCUUCGUGAUGAGAGGAUAUCCUUCUUAUGUUAUCCUAGAGUUAGUACCUAAGUCAUAUUAUUGUGGAUCUAGUCAAAUGGGUGUGUCCUGCAAGACCGCCCACUCUCUCUAUCCUUGUUUUCCCUGCAACACUUCACGUGUUGUCUAAAACGCGCACCAAGUGUGCGCAAAUUGUUUUCUUGGUAACUAUAUUUCCCCUCGGAAAAAUGUUUUACUUUCUGGAAGCGUACAAAAGUGCAAAUUUUACUGGCUUCGUGUUAUUGUUGAUGUUGUAUUUAUGUUUUUGUUUGGUUCCUCUUUGCGUUCAGACGGCCGGGAUUUUGAAGCAGGAAGUCGCGCAUAGAACGAAGUUGUUAUCAAAAAGCGUUCCGAACUCAUUCCUUGUCGGAAGGCGACCCGCCGACAGGUUAAAUCUGUGACCAGUCUGUGACCAGUCUGUGAUCAGUCUGUGACCAGGUCUGCGACCAGUCUGUGACCUGUCUGCGACCAGUCUGUGACCAUUCUGAGACCAGUUUGUUAUCAGUCUGUGACCAGGUCUGUGACCAGUCUGCGACCAGUCUGUGACCAGGUUUGUGACCAGUCUGUGACCAGGUCUGUGACCAGUCUGUGACACUCCGGACGGCACGAACGAGACGAGUUCACCCGUUCCGUAGCAAUACAAAAGGAUGGCGGUAGUGAUGCGCUAAACUGCCUAUUUUGUGUAUUUCAUGCUGAAACCCAAUUUUCAAUUUUCGCUGAGCCACUUUACAAGUUUAAAAAGCCUUAUAGUCAUAAUGUUUUGUUUUUUGUUCGAUAUGUAAGACUGUGCACAGAUUUCUUUUCUCGUUUUUCACCGUAAUGCGAACGAUGGUACGGCUGAUCUGAAAUAUCGUUGUUGUCUUCGUUCAUUUAACUGAGGAGUUUGUUGGUGCUCGGCCCUUGCGGUGUGGUGGAAGCGGGGCCUCCAGCUAGGCCAGGGGCAGCCAGUGGCACCCAGUGACGAAGGACCGAAGGCCGCGUCCGGGUAAGGGCCUCAGACCCUGCUCUCGGAUGCAGCUCGGCGUUUUUGUGGCACAACUUUUUGCAUUUAGCGUGACGAGGCUUUCUCGCGGCCGGGCAGGGCCUCCCCUUAUUGGCUGACAGAAACCCUAUUCUGUACAGUGUUUAUUGAGUGUUUCAGCUUGAAAUAUAUUUUGAAAAUACAUGUCUGAUUACAUAAUAUAUAUUUUUGAACAUCAUUCCAUAUAACAUUGCACAAUCCAUUAUAGCUUUGGUUGAUAUUUUUAUAUAUUAUUUGCUGUCUUGUUUUGUGGAGGGCCUCUAGCUGGGUGUGGAAUUUUGUUUCUACUGCAAAACAAAACUAAGGUUCGUGUUAAACACAGUGUCCUACUUUUACUCCCCUGUCCCCACUUUUAAUCUCCCUCCUUUUAAUCUUCCAAACAAUAGACAGUCUGUUCAAAUUUCGGUAGGUUAUUUUAUUUAAAGUGCUCCUUUGUACAGUCCUGUAUUUAUAUCUAGUGAGUAUAGACAUGUUGAGAGUGUCCUAAGGGUGCCGUUUUCGUCUGCGCGGGUCUAGGCUUCUAGGCGGCAUUGGCUGGGCGUGUCAAAGACAGUGUUCCAUAGUUAUUGAAGACAGCCAAGGCUUGUUUUGUAUCUUUGUAUUAACAAACUGUUUUUUAUUUAUCGUUUUUGUUAGUUAUUUGGAUAAAUGUGGGUAGAAAAGCACCACUAAUGCGAAGUCCAUAGCCAAUGCCAAAAUGCCCGCACCCGCCAGACCAAAAAGAUAAUAAAAUGUCGUUCGACAAACCUGUAAACAGUCUGUAAUAAAGAUUUCAUUAUGUCCUCUUUGGGGUAUUACCAUUUCAUUAACUUGCACAUAUGGUUUCACUUCUUCUGAAUUGUUGCUUUGUUGUGAAAAAAAAAAUAAUCGAAGAGAAUAACAAUAAUGUUUACAUUUAAGAUAUAAAAUUAAAAGUUCAUGUUUCGAAAAAAUAACUGUAGAAUGAAUUAUAUGAUUAUUAUUGUAUAAACAUUCGGAAAAUGUUGUUCUCUGCUAAAUGUAUGUUUCUAUGUGAUGUGAGUAAGAAAAAUAAAGAAGUAAAUACUGUAAA